AAGUAGUAAAGUGCUAGAACCUUCUUUCUCCUCUAACAUGGGGUGGGAACUUUGAACUUUCUAUAUCACCAAAAACGACUCAAAACGGGUCUCGUUUUGAACCUUGAACCCUAAAUCCCCAAUUCAAACCACUCUCUCUGAUACUCGCAAAGCUCGCUCUUUUAGCUGAUUAACCUGCUGUUCAAUCGUCAUCGUGAUCGUCAUAAUCAUACAUGAGUCGAAUACUCGGUCCCGGUUUCCGCUUCCACCCUACGGACGACGAACUAGUUCAAUACUAUCUCCGCCGGAAGGUCAUCGGAAAACUCAACCACCACGACCACAUCGGCGUCAUCAAUAUCUACGACUAUGAGCCAUGGCAACUCCCCGAAUUGUCGAAGCUGAAUACUAGAGAUUUGGAAUGGUAUUUCUUCACGGUUCUGGACAAGAAGUACGAGAAGGGGGAGAAGACAAAACGCGCCACCGUCAACGGUUACUGGAAGACCACCGGCAAGGAUCGUGGAAUCAAGUAUGGCGAUCGCCAAGUAGGCAUGAAGAAGACCCUCGUUUACCAUGAAGGAAGGGCCCCGACUGGCAAAAGAUCAAAUUGGGUUAUGCACGAGUACCGGAUGGUCGAUGAGCAAUUGGCGGAAGUCGGAUAUCAGCUGGACGCUUUUGUGCUGUGUAGAAUUUUUGAGAAGAGCGGGAUGGGCCCUAAGAAUGGAGAGAAGUAUGGUGCUCCCUUUAGAGAGGAGGACUGGGUGGAGGAUGGCGACCUGCUUGAACCGAUUGCUGAUGAACCUGUGGUUGAGCUGUCUGUUGACCAGAGUGAUGCUUUCCUUGAAACUGAUGACCUUGAGAAGAAACUUGGUACGCAUGUGGUUGAUGGAAGUGCUGAUUUACCACCAAACCCUCCCAACUACUUUUAUGGGGAGUGUAGUCACUAUCCUCAGCAUCAAGAAGAAUUUGUUGAAGUUCCGAAACCUUUGGAAGGUACUGAAGGCCGGAAUUUCGAUGUAACUGGGCCAUAUGCUGAGGAUACCUGUUUAGAAAAUCAUGAAAUGAACCAUAAUGGGAAUUCUUCAGGAUUCAUUUAUGGUGAUGUUAAUUCAGAUGAAAUCAUGGAUUCCAUUGUUGAUCCUCUGAUUGGUGCUGAAUUAUUCCUGGAAACAGAUGAUCUUCUGAACCCAAUCGAGGGAAAUUCCUCUGGGGCAGAUCCUUAUACAGUUGAGGGAAAUCACCCCAGGGCCGAUCCCUACGCAGCUGAGGGAAAUCCCCCUGGGCCAGAUCCCUACACAGCUGAGGGAAAUUAUCCUGGGACAGAUCCUUAUGCUGUGGAUAUGUUAGAUGAGUAUCUUGCACUUCCAGAUGAUGAUAUUCUGAGGUAUAUAUCCUUUGAUGAUUCUCCUCCAUCAAUGGAGGGUGAAAACCCUAUUCUAGAGCAGAUACCACCUCUUAUACAGCAGAAUGUGGAGGAAGAGGCCAAGGAUGUUUCAGAGGAGAAACAACAAAAGGUGGAGGGAGAAGCCACAAAUAUUUUCAAGACAAACAAACAUGACCUUGAAGCAAAUUCUAGCCGUGGAGGAUCUGCUUCAGAUGAUGCAAAUCCAAUUGCAAAACGCUUCAAGAAAUGGUUGGAAGACAUCCCAGCUGCUCCCGCAUUUGCUGCAGAGCUUCCAUCCAAGAAGGAUGCACUCCAGCUUCAUUCUGCACCUCAGUCUUCAAAUACUACUCAUGUAACUGCAGGAAUGGUCAGCAUUACAAACAUUACUGGAAGAGGCAAUGACAUGAAUCCGAUGGUGGCAAAGAUUGGAGGAGGGUUCAACCAUCCCAUUAUCUCUGCUGUUGUUUUGAUACCUGUUUCUGGCUUACUUUGUGGCAAGACUCUGUUUGUGCUGACAUAUGGAUGGGCUUUUCUGGUGACAUUUUCAUUUCUGUUUGCCACCGUGACUUGCAAAAUUGGAACCUUCAUGUAUUCUGGAAAAUGAGAGUUAUGAGGUCUGCUGUGAGACAAUGGGGUGCGGUUGGUUAUCAAUUGGUAGUGAUGGUACUAAUUGUGUGACUCAAAGAUACUACUCUAUUUGAAAGUUGCACAACGAAUACCCAUAACCGCCUGCUGAUAUCCAACCACCGCCCAUUGGCUCCUUGUACACAAACCCCAUCCAAAUAUAUUUAUCUAUCAAGUGGGAACGUAACAUGACUUGAUUGGAGGUGUUCAUUAGUAAAGCUAAAGAUAUAUAGUCUUUUUGUCAUAGAUAGUCUUUUGUCUUGGUCUCUUAGAUGGACUUCAUCUGAAAGGUUAUAGGGGUGGCUGUCCAUAAUAAAUUGGAAGAUAGUUGGACGCUUAGAGUUGGGGCAUCUCGCUACCAACAUGUUGGUUAAUCAUUCAUUGGAAUAUCUUGUAUUAGUGGGAUUUUCAUACCAGAAUGAAUGAAUUUAUGUUUCAUAGAAUUGAUGGCGUGC